UAUUUAUAACAGAGUAGAUUUCAGUAGAGCUAAAAGGUUGUGAUGGUAAGUAAUGGCAAUGGCAGUGCCAAUCUCAGCGUGUGGGAUUACCCUUCAGUGCACGAAUUCCAGCCCUUAUUCGUCAGGUAAAGGAUGCAAAUAUGCUGGUCAACCCGUGAGAGCAUUACCAAUUAGAAUCCUGACUGUAGGAAAGGCUAGGCUCCCUGGUGUGCAAUUGCUGGUGGAUGAAUAUAUUGCAAAGCUCAAAAGUUAUUGUCAUAUUGAUGAUGUUCAAAUUCGCUCCAAUCCUAAGAAUGCACGCAAUGCGAGGGCACAGGUUGAUGAUGAAGACAUGGCUGUCGUCAACCUGAUCAGGUCUGAUGAUUGGGUGGUGAUGUUGGAUGAGCGUGGACUAGACAUUAGCUCUGAGCAGAUGGCUGAAUUGUUAGGCGAUGCUGGGAAUACGGGAGCUUCAAGAUUAUCAUUUUGCAUUGGCGGACCUUAUGGUCAUGGACAACAAGUCCGAAAACGUGCUAAUGUGUCGAUCAAGUUGUCCUCAAUGGUAUUGAAUCAUCAAAUUGCACUUGUUGUGCUCAUGGAACAACUUUAUAGGUCAUGGACUAUUCUGAAAGGACAAAAGUACCAUCAUUAGCCCUGAUUUCAGGUCAAGCAUGCUGCGUAGAUUGAAGUUUAUUUGAGAACCUACAUUUGUAUUCUUGCACUCGGCACCAAGAUCAAAUGAACUUAGAUUGAAAGCAAUUAUGUGUGCUGCUGACAGACUGGCAUAACAAUUUUGAAG